AUGGAAGAUGAUGAUUAUUCUUCUUUCGAUUAUCAAGGAAGGUUUCGAACUAAAAAGACUGCUGGCGGGAAAGGAAGAAACAGAGCUGUCAAAAUCAGAGGUCCAAGAGCUUAUAGAUCGACUAUAGAUAAAUCCAGAAGGAGAAGAAGUGGCCGACGAAGGAAGAGACCAAAGUACUGUCCCAAAUUAAGGAGGAUCUACAGCUACUGCAGGGGCUGCAAGAAGAAGAAGAGGAGUGGUAAAAAGAAAAAAAGAAUGUGCUGUCAGCUUUAA